AUGAGGAGCAUGUGUCGUCCGGCCGUCCUGCUGCCGGUUCUGCUGCUGUGGUCUGUGUGUAGUGUGUGGGAAGUGCAGGCGGAUGUCAGGACGGUGAAGCUGUGCGGCAGAGAGUUCAUCCGCGCGGUCGUCUAUACGUGUGGAGGCUCCAGGUGGAGGAGGCUCAGCAGCCCGCAGGAUGGAGAAGGUUUUCUGAAUGGAGGGGUCAGCUCCAGUGUUGAGGAUCUCGGAGAGAGUCUGGACUCUGCUGUAAGCAGACGAGACCUCGAUAGCGUUUGCUGUCAGUUUGGCUGUAAGAAAAGUGACCUGACGUUCCUCUGCUGA